AUGAUGCAGUUUGAAAGGGACAAGGAACAGGGCAAUGAGCUGUACAGGCAGGGCCUGUACAGCGACGCUAUAAGGUGCUACGACCGACUGAUCGCAGCGCAGCCGCAGAACCCGGUCGGGCACAGCAACAAGGCCAUGGCGCUGAUCAAACUGGGCGAGCACGCACAGGCCGUCGAGGUGUGCCAGCAGGGGCUGCAGCUGGCGGCGGCGCCGCAGCACGCAGCCCUGAGGGCCAAGCUGCUCUACCGCCUGGAGCUGGCGCAAGCUGCCGUGGCCCCACUCCGGAUCCCCGUCGUGGAGGUUGAUGAGCUGCCCGCUGGCUUCGAUCAGUCCUAG